ACUGCGAUUGACGGAAAACGAAGUUCACCAGCUGUACCAAUUGUAGUGACCUGCAGCCAUCGUUUCUAUGGGCAUCGCGCGUUGAUGUCAUGGUUACGUGGGUGACUGACAUCGAAGCGGCGCUUUUGUUUGGAUCGAUUUAAAGUUGAGCAAAACGUUUCGAGUGAAGAGGCGAAGUAAAUUAACUACCGAUGUAAAGAUGUCCACGACGCCUAGGAAAGGUACCCGGAAGAAGCCGCUGCCAUAUUUUAUGCAGCAGUCCGAAGACACGGUCCUGCCGUCGUUCCAAAACCGGCGCAAUUUGGCUGACCACGUGAGGGACAACAUGUUGUGCGCUGGGCGAAAGUCGUACUUUCAGCGAAUUGUUUACGUCGGCCGACACCCGAAGGUUUCUGCCAUGACCAUUCGAGAUCGGUUCUUGAAGGUCAUCAAAGAGAUGCAGGAGAAAUCCACCAACGAGAUCAAAUUGUUUGGGCUGAUGAUCAACUUUGACGGCUACUCGAUGCAUAUGGUCGAGAGUGCGGAGGAAACAAUCGGAGAGUAUAUGCGGUAUCUUGCCGCAGGUGAUCUAUUCGAGGACAGUCGAGUGGUGCUCGUAUAUAAUAACAUCAAUCAGAGGUUCUUCCGAAAAUUGGUUUGGAGAUUCGCAGAUUAUCUCAACGAACUGACGCUUUCGGUCAUUGAUCUCAAGGAUCAAGACGUAGUGCAGAAGACUAUUAAUGCCUUCAUGACGAAGCUAUACACUCUUUGCAAGAUGGUUCGCGCCGAGGAGUUGGACGAGAGAUCUGCAUUCAAAUCGCUUUAUCUCGAUGAGACCUAUGAAGAACACACGCCUGAUGCCGCCGUGUUGGAUUAUUUGCUCAGCUUGAACUGCCUUUUCACGGUACAGGAAUAUGGGAAGUUUUAUGGUGUCCUUCCGGAUGUGACGACCUUCAGAGACAAGGUUUGGCCGAUUCUACAAGACUAUGUUCCGUAUGAUGUGUUCGAUAGUGGAAAAUAUCAAAUCAAUCUUACCUUCGGAGAUGUCUAGAGCUCCACAUUGAAACCAAAAAAAUUA